CCCAGCCGCAGUAACACUUGUGCGCAGUUCGCCACCAGAUCCUUCGACGGCAGGUAGAGGACGGCUGUAGAGAACCAUCCUGCAGUUGGAAGAUGGGCAAUUUUAUCUGGAGCUCUGUUUUGGUGCUGCUGGUGAGCUUACUGCGGGACACCUGUGGUAAUUUUACAGAAAAAUGGUGUGUUGUUAACGACAUGGAGCUAAACAAGUGUCAGGACAUGAAGUCCGCCUUCUCCACGAGCUCACUCGGGCAGUUGGAGUGCGUCAAGGCUCUUAACCGCUACGAGUGCAUGAGAUUGAUUAAGGAUGGUCUGGCUGACUUAGUGAGAGCUAGCGACACAGACAUCUACACGUCUGUCAACACCUUCACACUCACGCCAGUCUCAAGGGAAACAUUUGGCACAGCGCCAGAUUUUCGCUACAAGGCUGUAGCGGUAGUGAAGAAAUCGGGCCCCAUCCAGUCUUUGCAAGAUCUGAAAGGUCAAAAGUCAUGCCACACCGGGGUGGGACGGACUGUAGGCUGGACGGUACCCAUCAGCAACCUGCAGGCCAAGAAGCUAAUGAGCAUUGAGAGCUGCGACAACACCGUCGUCAAUGCCGCCGCCUUCUUUAGCUCGUCCUGCGCCCCACAAGCCUUUGAGAAAUUCAAUGAUCUUGAAGGUAACAACCCUUCUAAGAUCUGCAGCCUUUGCAAAGAUACGUUGUGUCCGGCAAGCGAGUACUACGGCGACUACGUCGGUGCCCUCAAGUGCUUGGUCGAUGGUGCGGGCAGCGUGGCCUUCGUGGCGCACUCCACGGUGGACGACUACGAAGCGAAGUGGGGUACGCUGGUCAGGGAUGAUUACCGACUGCUGUGUCCGGACGGUCGGCUGGACAACAUCAGCAGCUGGGACACAUGCAACUGGGCAACUCGCCCGACUGACGUCAUCGUCACCGCUUCCGGAAAGUCUCAACAGGAGCGGUCGAUCAUCAGCAGUGUUCUGGAACAGGCAGGCAGGAUGUUUAAUGCCAGUUCCUUCUUCCACAUGUUCAACUCAUCUAAGUAUGGAGGAAAAAAUUUGCUCUUCACAGACGGCGCCACUGGUCUCGUUCCGUACAACGCGAGCAGCGUGGAAACAUACCUUGGUGAAGGCUUUGUGAACUCCGUUACCAGCUACGUCACGUGUUCAACGCCCACUCGCUGGUGCGUCACAUCUCAGCACGAACUGGGCAAGUGUCUGGACAUGCGCGCUGCCUUCGCCAGCAGCCGAAUCCACAGCAACCUGACAUGUGUCCAGGCAGUCGACAGCAAGGCGUGCAUGGAGAAGAUAAAAAACGGAGAAGCUGACCUGCUGUCUGUGGACGGUGGCGACGUCUACUACGGGGGACAGUACCUCGGCCUGGUGCCCAUUAUGGCCGAAGUAUACAACACGACCGGCGUUGCUGAUACCACCAGUUACUGGGCAGUGGCCGUGGUCUUCAGGAACAAAACUGGGAUUACUUUAAACAAUCUGAAAGGCAAAACGUCAUGUCACACGGGGAUCAUGAAAACGUCGGGUUGGAAUGUACCUGUCGGCCUUCUCAUAGAGAAGAACUUCAUCGAUGCCAAGAAAGACAACUGCCACAUCCCUAAGGCCGUCGGCGAGUUCUUUUCGCAAAGUUGUGUUCCUGGCGCAUUAGAACCAACCUACGACCCUACAAAUGACAACCCUGACAAUCUGUGCGCGCUGUGCGGAGGAGAAGAGAAGUGCGCGAGGUCCAAACAGAACAUAUACUAUGAUUACAAAGGGUCUUUCAGAUGUCUUAUCGAGAAAAACGCCGAUGUGGCCUUCAUGAAACACACCACCGUUCAAGAUUACAUCAGCGAGGAUUUUGCUGCUCGCUUUAAGGUAUCCGACUUCCAGCUGCUGUGGGACGGGUCCCGCCGUGAUGUGACGGAUUGGCGUAACUGCAACCUGGCGCAGGUUCCCUCCCACGCCGUUGUGACGUCCUCGAGGCGCACUGCUGCUGAGCGCUUGCAGUACGUUCACAUGCUGCAGCGCGCCGUACUGCUGUUCGGCAAGGGCGCCGACAUUCAUUCGUCUGGCUUCUACUUGUUUGAGUCACCGUCGCCUGACACGGACCUCAUUUUCCAGGACUCUGCCAUCAGCCUCGUUCCCAUUCCCAGCGACAAGCAGGACUACCGGCAGUUUUUGAGCAGCGAAUACUUGGAGUCUGUGAAAGGAAUGGACGUGCAGCUGUGUCUGAAUGGAAGUCUACAAUAACAAGAAAAACACUGAAGUGAAAGCACCAGAAAGAGGUAUCCAAGAAUCCAACACGUGGUUUACAACUAUUCUUCUAAAUAUCAGUUGUAAGUGUGAGUGUCAUGUCACUACUGUGUCACCAGGCACAACUCCCUAUGUACCACAGUUCAGCAGACUUUAUUUUAUCACAACACAAUAUCUUCUUCUGUCUUCUGUGUUUCCUGCAAACAACCAUUUAAAAAAAAAAACUGUAAAGUCUUGUGAGAGACUUAAAAUGAUAGCAAAAUACAAUAACACCAAAUCUUUCACUUCAAAACAAAAUGGUUAUUAUAGGCUAGAAAUAAUUCUUCUGCGUGUAAAUAAACCUAAUACAAUCUGUAUAAUCAGACGCGCAUUAACAUUUUUAAUAAGCCCUCAUGUGCUAUCAAUCAACAAAGCUUGAAAGGUCGACAUAAUCCCCUGUGAGUGAUCUCCCUUUGCUGGAGUAAACGAACACCAGUUUUGUGAGAAUGGAAAAAUAAUGUCAGGACAAAAAUCUUACUCUUACUAAGUCCUAUGCUAUACAUGGAAAUAAGUUAAUAUAUAAUCUGUAUUUUUAUUAUAAUAGCCUCAUCAUACUUAGACUGUUAAUCAAAUAAAAUGAAAAACCACAUCAAGAAUUAGGUUUACAACUGGUGAUGGAUAAGCAGCCAAUACUUAAAUCAUUCAAUCAUUUCUUUAACUGGGCAUUUGCGCCACGAGCCCUCAUUAGGCUCAUAUGAGCUUAAUUCGUGACAUAUAAAGAUGAUUCAUGAUUAAGGUAAUAUUAUGAUUGACUUUCUGAUGGCCACAAGCUGAAUUUCAAGUGUAAAGUUCCACUUCUGUUUGAGUGUUCUUGUUCUGCUAGGUUUAAACAAACACUGAUAAUGAACAGAUUAUUCCGAUUUAAUAACAUUAUUUACAGUUUAUCACAGUUCACAUUUUCAUACUUAUAAACAUGAAAAUGAAGAGAGUAGCUAGUUCCCAAAAUUAAAUCCAGACUUUUAACAUACUGCAAUUAUCAUUGUCCCCUUAAUUUUGGAAGAUUGAGGAUAUACUAAUGAUGGGUAAAAACUGAUGUUAGCCUCUUCUAAUCAUAAAAACAAAACAACAAUUUUUUUCUAUGAGGAACAAUUUUUUUCAAUGAGAAAAUUAUUAGCACAAUUGAUGUGUCACAUGGUGCAACACCGGGCUAUCCCUCACUUCAUCUCUCUUUUACUCCCUACCCCAAGUCUCUACAUAAAGGAGCUGUAUAAAUAAACUGUUUUAACCUUACCCUUUGUAUUGUUUAUCUGGAGGGAACUGCUAUUGUUAUUAUCAUUAUUAGAUAUAGUAUGUUCUGAUAUAGUCUUAGUUGCUGGCUUAGUGUAAAACUCCAAUCCCCACCUUCCCUUCAUGUAGCAAUUGCAAUUUAAAAUACUUAAAGUAAUGGAAUAUAUGCUUGGGCUACUUUUUGUCCUUUUAAUAAAUAUUGUCACAAGUUUAAUUCAUAUUAAUGUCACAAAAAGUUAUUAACAUUGUUGCCAUUAUUAGUAUCAUGAGGUUUUCCUUUCUCAUAUAACACUGCUUUGUAUUUAUUUUUAUUUAUAUUUUAUCAGUGUACACUUAUUCAAGCUUUGUAAGGGUGAACUGCUAAUUGUGUAUUGUCUCAUCAUAUCCAUUAAGGGAUCAAUGAAUAAAAAUAAAUGCCAAAAAUGUAUAAACACACAAUAUUAAGCUUAAUGAAUUUAGGGACAGAUAGCUUUGGAGAAUUAGGUGAACUGAUCUUCUUUAAGUGCCUGCAUGGAGUAACUAACAGCUGGCACCUAUCAGUAACCACAAACCAAUUACAAUUAUUGUGAUUUUAAGUAAGUUGGAUGGAUUUAUUAGCCAGAAACAAGGUGUCAUGUAACUAUAAAUCCUUCCACAGCAUAUGUACCGUGUAUUCUUUCUUUUUGCUAUAAAAGGUCCAGAAAUACAACGCUUGGCUACUCAGUCUGAUAACUUUUAUUUACCUCAAAUAAGGGCAAGUCACUCUUGCUCACAUCAAACCUAAGGAGCUUCAUAGCAAGCAGAAUAAGCUAUCUGUUUAAUUUCACGUACAUUCAGCCACAUGUUAACAAUAACACAUUUUUUAACAAGCAUUGACAAGCUAUCAGUAAGGACCAAGAAAAUGUGACACGUUAUGUUACCUGCUCUUUUCGGGCUCGUUUUCGAUUCCUAGUUUCUUCUUCGUCUUCAAACAUUUCUGCCAUUCGGGCUCUGUAUCUGUUUAUGGAAAAGCAGACAUGCAAACAACUGUUCAAUGCAUUUCAGAUGACUGUCCUUCCACUCCUACUUUACUGAUCUGUCUUGGUAAUGAAAAUAACUUUAAACAAUGAUUCUGGAAUAUUGAUGCUGGUAAACAAAUAAAAAUGUGCAGAAUAAAGGCAUUCAAAUAAG